UCCAUUUCCUCCCAUCCGGAGCUAGCUUAGGCAGGAACUCGAGGAAGAAAGGAGCAAGGGAAGAAGAGGGAGAAAAUGGGUCGAGCUCCCUGCUGUGACAAGGGCAGCGUGAAGAAGGGGCCAUGGUCGCCCGAGGAGGACAGGAAGCUCAAGGACUACAUCCACACUAAUGGCACAGGCGGCAACUGGAUCGCGCUCCCCACCAAAGCCGGUCUGAAGAGGUGCGGGAAGAGCUGCCGCCUGCGUUGGCUCAACUACCUGCGGCCGAACAUCAAGCACGGCGACUUCUCCGACGAGGAGGACAGGGUGAUCUGCGCCCUCUUCGCCGCCAUCGGCAGCAGGUGGUCCAUCAUCGCCGCGCAGCUCCCCGGGAGGACCGACAACGACGUCAAGAACUACUGGAACACCAAGCUCAAGAAGAAGCAGCUGCACCUGCUCAUCGCCGCCGCCGCCCAUGGCCAGCAGUACGGCUCCAGGCCACCGGCACCACCAUUCGCCCUUGAGCAGCAGCACCACCACCACACUAGCUCUACUUCUAUUGCAUCUCUAGGCCAGCUCCUCAUGUUUGGAGGCCGAGGAGGCGACCAGCAGCAGCAGCAGCAGUACACGUCGUCGUUCUCCUCGGUGGACAUCUCCAACAACACCAGUGCUGCUGCUGUUGGCCUGCAGGAGAGCUUCAUGUUUGGUGGCUUGCAGUUUCAGCAGCAGGAGGAGGAGACCAACAACCUGCUGUCACCACCAGCAGCAUCAUCAUCUGGGAAUGACAUCAUGACCUAUGAGCAUCAUGAGAUGAUUUCGCCGAGCGGCUUCUUCUUCUACGGCGACGGUGCCGGUGCUGCAGCGACACAAGAAGGGACUAGGUUCCUUUAUUAGUAAUCGCAUCAGCCACGCAUGCAUGCAAGACACAUGUAGACAUUGAUGUUAAUUUCUUUGCAUGCAUUUUCCCCCGUCCGACCCCAUAUAUUUGAAUUGGCCCAUGCAGGUUGGUUAGUAUUUUUAUUUUUAUUUUGGUUUUUGUUUUAUAAGAUGAGAUGACCUCUCCCUAGCUAGCUAGUUUAUGUGGUGGUGUUGCUGCUGUGCUGUACGGAGUAAUAAGAGGUAAUAUCACUGGUAGUCAUAUAACUUGCGUUUGA